GAGAGAGCGAGUUGCGUUCGUGAGAGGUGGAGCAUGGCGAGCCCCGGCAAGGAGCACCUGUACAAGGUGCUGGUGAUCGGCGACCUGGGCGUGGGCAAGACCUCCAUCAUCCGCCGCUACGUGCACCACACCUACUCCAACAACUACCGGGCCACCAUCGGCGUGGACUUCGCGCUCAAGGUGCUGCAGUGGGACACCGAUGAGACGGUGCGCUUGCAGCUGUGGGACAUAGCCGGCCAGGAGCGCUUCGGCAACAUGACGCGGGUGUAUUACCGCGAGGCGACGGGGGCGUUCAUCGUGUUCGACGUGACGCGUCCCAGCACGUUCGAGGCGGUGCUCAAGUGGAAGGAGGACCUGGACUCCAAGCUGACGUUGGCCGACGGCCGCGCCGUCGCCACCGUGCUGCUGGCCAACAAGUGCGAGCAGGGCCGCGCGCUCCCCUCCAACGGAGUCAAGAUGGAGCAGUUCUGCAGGGAGCACGGAUUCGCCGGCUGCUUCGAGACCUCCGCCAAGGACAACCUGAACAUCGAUGAGGCGGCCAACUUCCUGGUGAAGCACAUCAUGGCAAGCGAGCACGCCUUCCUGAGGAGAGCAGCCGCGCCCGAAAUCACACUGAGACUCGACCGACAACCCCGCCAGUCAGACGGAUGCGCCGGAUGCUUCAAGUGACCUGAAGAAGUUCCACACAAACUCCAUUUUGCACACCUUUUAGUUUCAAAUCCUCUUUUUUUUUUUAUUUAUUUAUUUUUUUUUUUUAACUUAUUUGCCUUAUUUUAACAACUGACACAGACGGAACUGUAGAAUAUUUCUUCGAUUAUCUUUCAAUCAUCAGUCACUUUAGUCACAUCAAAAUUCAUAGGAAAUUCUAAUUUCAUAAAACGAAAAACAAUGCUGACGGAACCGUGUGUGAGUGAGUGAGAGAGAGAGAGAGAGAGAGAGAGAGGGGAAGAUUUUAAUCAUUUAAAAAAAUUAAUGUUUGAACAAUGAUGCCCAUUUUAGUUCUAUUAUUUCUCUUGGACUUUUUAAAAACAAUGAUGUAGUCACUUUUUUUUCAGCAGAAAAGUCGCAGUAGUACAAGAAUAUCGUACUUUAUUUUCAAGUAAUAAGUCACAUUUCCAACACAAAAAAACAAUAUUGUGUAAAGGAAGUGAUAUUUUUUAAUAGAUAAAAAGAAACACUUUGAAGAUGUGCAAAUAAGGAUUGUUUAAACAAAGUAUAAUACUUUAUUGUGAAGUUUAAAAAAUAAUAAAAUAAAAAUUUUUGGGGAUAGUUUACAUUUUUUUUAUACUAACUCAGUUUGUCAUUGUUAAAAGAUACUUUUUAAUGGGUUAGAAUUUGUUGUAAAACUGGAAAUGUCAAGAUAAAUUAUCUUAAAUAUUGUUUUUGUAACUGUGAUAAUAAUUUUAAUCUGCAUAAUUUUAAUUUCUUAAUAUAAAUGUAUUUUUUUAAAUUGAGACUAUAAAACAAUUUCUGAGGUUUUAAACUGUUUUGCAGUUGUACUAAUGUCGUGGCUGCUGUGUGUGUGUGUGUUUUACUGUUUGCAGCAUUAGGACACUAAAGGGCUAAAACAGUGUGUCAUGCGUGUCCCACACAUACGUUAAGUCACAUCAUAUUUCUCCAAAUAUACAAUUUUUUAUUUAUUUAUUAUUAUUAUUUUUUUUUACAUUAAAUUAUUUAUUUAUUUUUAAACAUAAUAUAGAAUGUUAUCUUUAUUUAUUGUACAGUUGCGCAGCUCCCCACAUUACAUUGUGCUAAUAGUUGCUACGGUAACAGCAAGAUGACAACCUGAGUAGAGAAAGUACUGGGAUACGGAUUUUACAUCUUUCCUUAUAGUCUGCUGCUAUUUCAAAUGAGAGGCAGUGCGAGAAAAGAUUUUGUGCAUUUAGUCGGGUAAAAUUUAUGAUGGGAAAUGCUAACGUGCUAACAGUUGUUUUGCUAACAUAUAGCAAGAUAGCAAUCUGAGUACAGAAAGCUCUAAGGAUAGAGCAAAACAAUUAUAAAAUGCUAACAGUUGGUAUGCUAACACAUAGCAAGAUGACAGCCUGAGGGGGGGGAAGAAAAAAAAAAAAACGUGCUCAGACAGGUCCGGAAGGGGUUUUCAUCUUGACGUGUAGUUGUGUACUACAUUUGAUGUGAAUAGCUAAAAUGCUAACCUGCAGUUGGUAUGCGAAGAUAUAGCAAGAUAGCAACCUGAGUUUAAGUACAGAAAAUGCAAUGCUAAUAUUAUUUUGUCAUCUUUUCAAUGUCACUCCCCUUUAAAACUUUGUUCUGCGUGACAGAAAUUUUCAAUUAAAAAAAUCUAUCAGAAUACAAAGACGCACAGUGGCAUCUUAAAAACUCCACUGUGGCACAGCAAAACUCUUCCGGCAUAAAAAGAAUACAAAUCCUCCUUUCUGUUUGACCGAACAUUCGAACAGGACAAAGAAAGAAAGAAAAAAAUAGCUACAGAAAAUGCUAAGGGAGAUUGAUAAGGAUGAUACAUCUCACUGUGAAGUCGGCCAUCUUUUCUGAUGAGAAUCGCUACAAAUGCUAACCGUUGUUAUGCAAACAUAUAGCAAGAUAGCCACCUCACUGCAGAAAGUCACUACACCAUUACACCUGUAUUUAGGUACUGUGUGUCGUGAGAAUUGCUAACAUAUAUAGCAAGAUAGAAAUCUGAGUACAAAUAAAAGCACUAAGGCAGAUCAAGUAGAAGUUUACAAUCUUACAACGGUUGAACGGGUAUUUCACGUGACAUUUGUUUACAUGUUAACAGUCGGUAUGCUAAAACAACAAGCUAGGAACCUGAGUUUGAGUGCAGCAAAUGCAAAACGUGCUAAUACGCGCCCUCGAGGAUUCGACAUCUUUCCGUGUACUUGUGCAUUAUGUCUGAUGACAAUUGCACAAAUUUUAACAUGUAGACGUUAGAUAGCAACCUGAGAAGGUAAAGCGCUACGGCAGAUUCUGAGGAGUUUGCGUCAAACCCUAAAAUCAAGUAGGCCUACUAUUGCAAGUGUUAAUUGCUAACGUGCUAAAAGUUGCUACCAUACGGGCAACCUGAGUUUGAGUAUAGAAAAUGCCAACGCAGAUUGAUGAGGAUUUUUUUGUUUCUCACCAUGUAGUCCUUUACUAUUUGUAAUGAGAAUUGCCAAAAUUCUAACAUACAGCAAGAUUAACGGACUACGACUGAGUACGCGCAAAGGCAGCUCAAUAAGGAUUUUAUACUCUUGCACCUGUAGUCAAUGCUAACAUGCAAACAGUCAUGAAACGCAUUCGGGAUCUUCUUCCUGUUGAAUUGCUCCACCAUUUUGACAGGGAUUAGAAUCCCAUUAUCACGCACCAGCAACAUUUCCCAUAGAUGACAACGUUUCAACUAAACGCGUUGUCGCCCCUUUCGCAAACCUCUGGCGCCCUCUGGUGACAUUGUGGUCACCUUACAACUUUUUCAUAACGACGCAUUUAAUGACCACACGGAAAGUCGGACAUUUAAUGACUCCCUAUGAGAACGAAGAGUUGAUUUUUUGUUACCCCAAUAAAAGAGCCCAAAUGAACAUUUUAAUUGUUUUACUUCAACA